CUGCUCUAUUUCGGAGACCCCUCUCUCUUUUCUUGCUGCGAAAUCCACCUCCCUCUCCCCUCUCUUUAAGAGCUCCUGCGCUCUACUCCCCGUCGCCAUGGGCAUAAAGGGUUUAACGAAGCUUCUCGCCGACAACGCUCCCAGGGCCAUGAAGGAGCAAAAGUUUGAGAGCUAUUUCGGCAGGAAGAUUGCCAUCGACGCCAGCAUGAGCAUCUACCAGUUCCUCAUUGUUGUGGGAAGGACGGGAAUGGAAACCCUCACCAAUGACGCUGGUGAAGUCACGAGUCACUUGCAAGGGAUGUUCAACCGGACAAUAAGAUUGCUCGAGGCCGGAAUAAAGCCAGUAUAUGUUUUUGAUGGUCAGCCACCAGAUUUGAAGAAACAAGAGCUUGCAAAGAGGUUCUCGAAAAGGGAGGAUGCCACCAAGGAUUUGAGUACAGCAAUAGAGGCUGGAGAUAAAGAGGGUAUUGAAAAGUUCAGCAAAAGGACUGUAAAGGUUACAAAGCAACACAAUGAAGACUGUAAACGACUUCUAAGAUUGAUGGGUGUGCCUGUGAUUGAGGCACCUUCUGAAGCAGAAGCAGAGUGUGCUGCACUUUGCAAAAGUGAUAAGGUGUAUGCUGUGGCAUCCGAGGAUAUGGAUUCACUAACUUUUGGGGCACCAAGGUUUCUUCGCCACUUAAUGGAUCCAAGCUUCAAAAAAAUCCCUGUGAUGGAAUUUGAAGUCUCAAAGGUGCUGGAGGAGCUAGAGCUCACCAUGGACCAAUUCAUCGAUUUGUGCAUUCUUUGUGGAUGCGACUACUGUGAUAGUAUCAAAGGUAUUGGGGGACAAACAGCUUUGAAGCUUAUCUGUAAGCAUGGUUGCAUAGAAAACAUAUUGGAGAACAUAAACAAAGAAAGGUAUCAAAUACCUGAGGACUGGCCAUAUCAAGAAGCUCGGCACCUGUUUAAAGAACCUAUUGUGUCUCAAGAAUUUCCAGAGCUCAAGUGGACUGCUCCAGAUGAGGAGGGCCUUGUGGACUUUCUGGUGAAAGACAAUGGUUUCAACCAUGAUCGAGUAACAAAGGCAAUAGAAAAGAUUAAAGCAGCAAAGAAUAAAUCCUCCCAAGGGCGACUGGAAUCCUUUUUUAAGCCAGUAGUGAGUGCAUCCGUGCCUCUUAAACGGAAGAAAAGCAAAUGCACACUUGGCACUCCCAGACCAGCACUCAAGUGUAGGAUGUUCACUCUGCAAGUCUGUAUGAGUUCGAGCACCAAUACUGGCAGUUUAAAACAGCCAAUGUCAGGGCUGCAAGUCAGAUGCCGUGAACCGAUACCUAUGGGCGUUUGUUUCAGCAAAUGAUGCCGACAAAAUUCUGCCGAUCCCUAGAAGUAACUGAUGAAUUGUUGGAUCUUAUAUGUUAAGAUUAAAAUUUGUAAAGAACAUCCUUGCAUGGGAAAUUCCUAUCAUAUCUUCUGCGGUACAAACAUAUGUAGCUAGUUGGAUUAUGUAAUUAUAAUCUUUGUCAUUCAACGGGGCCUCGUUGAUUGGUCUAUUGAGAAAGGUGGAGAAUCACUUUAUCAAUUGUACUCAAACUUCAUAGGUUUGAAUUUCCAAGGAGAAAGAAAACAUAAUUUUUUUGCUUACGA